AUUAUUUUACCAUGUUGUUUUUUGUAGUUAUUGAAUAUUGAUGGUAAUGAUUCCACCAAUAAUAUGUUGGUUAAUGCAUUGGAGAAAUCCGCUGCUAAUCAGAGCAAAUAUUUAAACUUCUCCUUGCCAAUGGACAGAAUUUCCUGUUCCAUAGAUGAUCAACGUGAUAAUGCUUUGUCGGCCAGUUUAGCUAAUAGCAGUUUAAUAACACGUUCCUCAGCACCCAUAAACAUUCCGAAUUCGGCUCUUAAUAAUUCUAUAGGUGAUUUUAAUUCCGGUGGUUUUGCUGUCAACAUUCCCUACAGUCCUACCAAUCACUCCAAUCUAUUUAAUGUUGAUGCAUUCAAUUAUGGCGGUUCCAAUUCAAAUAAACUUAGCAAUUCUCUUACGGCUGCUACACAAAAUGAUUGCAGUAAUAAUUUCUUUUUUCCUUCUCAUAUCAUAUCGCCGGGUUUUAAUGAUGGCCUCUCGAUUAGUCCUUCGGUACGUUUGUCGGAAUUGAAUAAUUUAACAGAUGACUUAAAUAGUGGUUCGGUGGGCAAUAGUUUAACCACAAAUAAAAAUGCAUUUUCUUUGCAAUCAUUGCAUACGCAAAAUAAUGGCGAUGUUAGUCGCAUGACUAUGGAAAUGAUGACUAUUAAGGCUCAAUUAUUGAAAUUGACUAGAAGUAUGGAGGAUAUUACAAGGAAGUUCAACUCUGCCAAACAAGAGGCAUUAGAAUGGAAAGAUCGUUAUGAAGCGGCACAAAUACAAAUGAAUUUAUCAUCAGAACUUAGGAAUUUAUCAAUACAAAAACUAAAACAACUACAGUCAAAGUUACGCACAGAUUUGGAAGAUGUUGAAAAAGUUUUAUAUUUGGAAAAUGCUAAAAAAUGUAUGAAAUGUGAAGAAAAUAAUCGCACUGUAACACUAGAACCCUGUAAUCAUUUCAUUCUAUGCGAUUCCUGUGCUACAUCAGUAACAGAAUGUCCCUAUUGUCAAAUGCCAGUAGCAACAACACACACUUAAAGAACAAACUACUAAAAAAAAGUAUAAAUAAGCUUGUUUCAGCAAAAUCUACAAAAGAUAUAAAGUUAAAAGCAGUUUAAUAAUGAAAAAAGGUAGGAAUUUGUUUAAUUUUUCUUUUUUUUUCUUUUUAAUUAAGAAAAAUUGUAUCUAAUUUAUAACUGCGUAUUUCUUUAAAUUAGACUAUACAAUAAUAAUUAAAAU